AUGGGAUUACGUGAGCUUGGAGCGUCACCUUUCACCACCAGACAUAAAUCAAGCCCUUCUCAUUUUUCUGGUUUUGCCCUUCCUGUCUCUCUCCCAUCGCUUGCGUUACUUGUCAUUCCACUCUCCACUUCACACUCACAAGCUGAUCUUCGUAUGGGUUCUUCUUCUUCCGGUUGAAUCGAUUCGAAAGGAGGCCAUCAUUUUCCUUGAAUAGCUCCUGAAUCUCGCACACUAGGAAAGUAAGAACCAAACACAACAGCUUUCUCAAUCAGAUUUCUCCGAACAAAGGAAAAAAAAGGGGAGAAAAAGUAGAUUCAUAGCGGUCUUCUUUUACUCUCCCCAAGUUCCAAACCAUACACGUGAGGAUAUGAGAAUCUGACCGUUUUCAAUAGAUUGAAGAGUUAUACGUACGCGGUGAAUGAGCAGGAGAAUGGAGAAAUUGGCUCCGCGUUUGAUGAUUUGCGCUUUCUUUUUCUUGCUCGUUGAUCCGUCAAUCGCCGGUUUGCUCGCCGAACCGGCACAACCUCUGAAACCGGGAGAAUAUUCUUCUCCGAACACAGUCCCGGCAUUUCCCGUCCAGACCGAGACGCCGACGUGCCGGCUAGACCUAUCGGCGGAGCUCUUCGGCGGCGUGAAGGACGCCUGUGGCCAGAACCUUGACAGGAGCCGCUGCUGCCCCGUGCUGGCGGCAUGGCUGUUCGCGGCUCACGCUCGCACGGCGCUCCAGGUCCCGGCGGCUUCUCCGCCGGCUUCCUCCGAGCUGCCGAUGAUGCCGGACGAUUCGCAGAAGUGCGUCAACUCGCUCCAGACCUCGCUGCAGGGCCGCAACAUCCACAUUGCCCAGCCAAAUGCUUCUUGCGACACCGUGCUCUGCUUCUGCGGCAUCCGGCUCCACCAGAUCACGUCCUUAAGCUGCCCCGCAGCCUUCAACGUCACCGCUCAUCGGAAUGCGACGCCGACAGCCGCCGUCAGGAAUCUCGAGCGUAAUUGCCGGAACUCGUCCUACGCCGGAUGUACAAAAUGCCUCGGAGCUUUACAGAAGCUGAAGAGCGGGGGCAAAAACGGAAGCGAUGACGGGGACCGGGCGAACAAGAUGUUCAACCGCGAUUGCCAGCUCAUGGGGCUGACGUGGCUGCUGGCUCGCAACAAGACGGCGUACAUCCCCACCGUCUCGGCCGUUCUGCGCGCCCUCAUGUACAGUGCGCACCCACCCCACCAGUCCAAGUGCAGCCCCGACCAGGAGAACAUGCCACUAGCCGUCGACUCUCUCCAGUUCGAGAAGCCCGAUGCGUCGUCAUCUGCUGCUCCGUUCUGGUUUCCACUUUUGCCCCUCUUCACCGCCUCGCUUUCUUCCGUGUUACUGCUCCGCUUCGUAUUUUGACAGCCGUCUGUCUGCGUCUCUUUCUGCAUGAGCUUUGUCGGGUUCGUUCACGUGACGGCUGAACCUGAAGCUAGUCGACAAAGCCUGGUAAGCAACAAUUCCGGAGCCUAUUUUUGUCUUUCUGCUCGCCCCCGCUGUAAAUUUCAGGGUGUCACAUUUUUAGGCUUGCGCUUUGAUAUGCUUUGGACGAGUAAAUCGCAAAUCCCUUCCGCUUGCCUUUCCCUUCUAGGUUUUGAUUACUGUGCCCACGUAUUUUAUUUUCUUUUUUCACCAAAAAUGAUAUUUAAUUUUACUCUUCAACAGCC